GAGUAGAAGAAUUAAGGAGGAAAAGGCUAAAAGGCGCGACGUAUCCAACACACCUUGUCGUAGAGCAACGCAAGCUUGCUCCUCGCAAGCCUGCUCGUGAAUGUGAUAGUCGCGAGCAAUCGCGCAGGGCAUCGGUAAAACGGUGUGCGGAAAAAGCUUAUCUUUCAAGUUACGAAUUACGCAGAGGUGCGCAGGCGCCGAUCGACGACGCGUAUUGUUACCGCGGCGCGGCCACGGUCGGACGCACAUCGGUGGUGUGAGCGGCGGUGAGUGGCGGCCAGCGGCCAGCGGCUAGCGACGAACGGCGACGAAUGGUAGCGACGAGCGCACUAACGCAUCGCGACGUCCGUUACCCGUCCUAUCGUGUUGUUCGCCGGCGCUCGGCACACGUACUCUCGGCGUGAAAUCACCGUUGUCGACGGGAUCGGUCGGCGAGCGAUCGAGCGCAUAGACGAUCGGGGUGGAUCGAGACGAUGAUGGCGACAACGACCACGAGGUUGCGUGCCGUCGGCACGUGUGGUGAAGAAAUGUCGCCAAGUGCCGAAGGAAAGACGUUUUCCGCCGUACCGCCGUCGCCGCUACGGAAUGGCUUAAUGUCGAGCAGCAUCGAGAAUGCCGGCAAAAUCAAUGGUUACACAUUAACGAAUAAUGGCCAUGUACAUUCUCAUGGUUCAACAAAAGCGAAGUUACAAAGAGCGUCACAGUCAAAGGAAUCCUUUGAAAAAGUUUCAUUCAUCACAGCGGCGCUUACGCAUCUUGGUUUUUACAUUCUCAUGUUCUUGGGAUUUAUUAAUCAAUUAUUCUUUUUUCCGAAGAUUGCCACCGAAAAGAAUAGAGAAGGGUAUGCUCCACUUUACGACAAUUUUGAGAAAUUUUAUCUUAAUUACGUCUACAGAAGAGUUAGAGAUUGUUGGAACAAACCAAUUUGCUCUGUUCCUGGUGCGACUGUCACGUUGAAAGAUCGAAUAACUAAUGAUUAUGGAUGGACAUUUCAAUUUACUGGAACUGAAACGCAAUGUAUAAAUUUGGGCUCUUACAAUUAUUUAGGGUUUGCCGAAGCGAGUGGUAAGUGCGCCGACGAGAGCAUCGAAAUGCUCAGGAAAUUUGGUUGUGCUAGUUGCAGUACACGCCUUGAAUUAGGUACUAUGCCGAUACAUAACGAAUUAGAGAAAUUAACUGCGAAAUUUUUGGGAGUGGAAGACGCUAUAGUAUUUGGAAUGGGAUUUGCCACGAAUUCUUUAAACUUGCCUUCCUUGGUCGACAAGAAUUGUCUAAGCAGGAGCAAGCGUGGCAUAGUAAACAGUGCAUUGAUCUAA